GGAAGGGGGCGUCUCUUUGGCCGACAAGAUGGCGGUGGCGGCGUUUUCUGAGGCGGAGGCGGCGCCGUCGUCGUCGCCCAGGCAGGCCUCUCCCCGCGCCUGAGAGCGCGGCCCCGGCGGAGAGAUGAGCGCGGAGCCCGGGAGUGAAAGCAAGUUGAACACAUUGGUGCAGAAGCUUCACGACUUCCUGGCUCAUUCGUCAGAAGAAUCUGAGGACGCAAAUUCUCCUCCAAGGUUAUCUGAGAGCAAAAACACAGAUAACGCUACCAUGCCUGGAAAUAGUUCACCCCCAGCAGAAAACAGCAAGGAAGAGGGUAGCAGUUCUUCUGAAAAAUCCAAAUCCGUAGGAUCAUCCCGCUCCAAAAGGAAACCCACAGUCGUAACAAAAUAUGUUGGCUCCGAUGACGAACAAAAUUUGGAUGAAUCCAUGAAUCAGGAUGGCUCGAAUGAAAACUCCGAAAAUGAAGUAGACAUGAAAAGCUUGCCGAAAGGUACAGUAGUGGUGCAGCCAGAGCCAGUCCUUAAUGAAGAUAAAGAUGACUUCAAAGGACCUGAAUUUAGGAACAGAAAUACUACUAAAAUAAAAUCCGAAACUCCAAAGAAGCGUGCAGAGGACGGACUCCACGGCAUUGUGAGCUGCACUGCUUGCGGACAGCAGGUGAACCACUUCCAAAAGGAUUCGAUUUACAGGCAUCCCACAUUAAACGUCCUUAUUUGCAAGUCUUGCUUCAAAUACUAUAUGAGUGAUGAUAUCAGCAGGGAUGCUGAUGGAAUGGACGAGCAGUGUAGGUGGUGCGCUGAAGGUGGGAACCUCAUUUGCUGCGACUUUUGCCAUAACGCCUUCUGCAAAAAAUGCAUCCUGCGGAACCUGGGCCGGAGGGAGCUGUCGGCCAUCAUGGACGAGAACACGCAGUGGCACUGCUACAUUUGCCACCCGGAGCCCUUGCUGGACUUGGUCACGGCUUGCGACAGCGUGUUUGAGAACUUAGCCCAGUUGUUGCAGCAGAACAAAAAGAAAAUCAGAUCGGAGAGCGACAAAAGUAAAAUGUAUGACCACACACUGAAAUAUUCCUCAAAGAAAAAUAGCUCAAGCUGUAAUGGCGAAGAAAAGAAAGCGGACCAUCCGUAUGCUGGCUCUAUAAACUAUUCAUACAAAGCAUUAAUGGUGCCAAAAGACCUGCUGAAAAAGACAAAAAAACUGGUAGAAACAACCACUAACAUGAACGCUAGCUUUGUCAAUUUUCUUAAAAAGGCAGCUGAAAACUCUGAAAUAAACUCCACAAUCCACUUGCGUCAACUCAAGGCUUUUAAAUCGGUGUUGUAUGACCUCAAAAAGACCCACGCAGCUUUGGAGGAAGGUCUCAAUCUGGAGAUUGAAGCUCUAGGUGUUAAAAUAAGGAGGAAAGAUACCAAAGAGAAGGGACGCGAGGCUAAAUUGGCUGGCGGUGAAGCAAAGAAGACCGAAGAAAAGGAACCCAAGGAGCAGAAAGCCACCUCCGAGGCAGAUGAGCAGAAUGUAUCCGCAGCAGAACAAACGGCAAGCAAAAAGUCUGUUUCCAGAGAGAGAAAAAGUGGGAAAAGUGAUGAUCUUCAGUACGAACCCAAUAGCACAGAGGCCUCCGAUAUGGAUAUUGUGUCUGUCCCCUCCUCUGUUCCCGAAGACAUUUUUGAGUCUUGCAUGGAAGCGCAGAAAGCAGGGGAGCUGGGAGCAGCAAACACGAAUGCGAGACCAAAGGACAGCAAGGGAGGGGCGAAGCAACAAGUGCCGUCGGCGAAAGUCAAAAAGGAAUUGGUGGUGAAGCUGACUCCCGUUUCCCUCAGAGAUUCUCCUGUGAAGUCUGACGAUCCAGAUGGAAAGUCGGAGAAGGAAGAAGACGGAACAGACGGUCUUGAAACUGACCAUCCAGCCGAAAACGAGGUCGUCUCGGUGGUGGAAGAUCAUGACCUCAGGAGGUCUCCGCGAGUUAAAACCACCCCUCUGAGACGCCCGGCGGAUGUCAAAGCCUUAACAUCUAACUCUGAAGAGGAAGGCAACGGUGCCUACAGUGAAAGACAUAGAAGAAUGCCGGCCAAGUCCAAGAGGAAAAGUGACCAGCAGAGUUCUCCUGAUUCCUCUCUUAGUCACCCUAAUGCGCUGAGUGAGACUGACAAACCGGACGCAGCGGACCUCAGUUCCGAUUCCGACGAGGUGCCGGCGGUCCUCCAAGAAGUGGCCAUGAUGAGCCACAGCUCUUCAGACGCCGACAGCCACUGCGAAACGUCAAAGGAGCCCCUGAGUGCUGCAAAGAGAGAGCCCACCAAGGAGGACAACGGGAAGCGGAAAAGGAAAAAUUCCAGUUCCGGGUCAGACUUUGAUGCCAAAAAGGGCAAAUCAGGUCAAGAGUUAGCGGCGGCGAAAAAGAAGCGGCAGACCCGCUCAGAGUCUUCUAAUUGCAAUUCUGGGGCAGAGCGGGAGUCCAAAACGGAGUCUUCCGGAAAAGUGACGAAAAAGAGCCCCAAGAGCGAAGAUGAGGAAAAACUAACCAAAAAGGGGAAAAAAUCAGAGCAGCUGGAGGAGGAGGAUGAGGUAUGCAAUGAAGCUGACAACGUGGAAGAUCCUUCUCCAGGUGAAGAGAAGCCAGGUAGUGCUUCGGAAGAGGAAGCUGCGGAAGCCAAGGGAACGAGGGAUGUGAAAGAGAGACCUUCCAAAGGCAAGCAGAAAGAUACUGAAGAGCCUGCCGUUUCCAGCAAGAGAAGCAGGAAGGCAAAAGAAGAAGGGCAGGAGCUUUCUUCAGAUGGGAGUCGAGAGCGGAGUGGCGAGUCCUCAGACGAUGUGGGGAAGAAGGCGAAGAAAAGCCCCAAAGGAAAGAGCAUGGGCCAAAGGAAAGGCGACUCCUCUUCUGAAGCGGACAAGCCUGAAAAGGAGACCUCCAGCGCUUCCGGAAGUAACACCAAGAAGCAGAGCCCUCCUGAGGAGAAGGUGAAAAGGGCCCUGAGGGAGCGCGCCCCCAAGAAGGCCCCGGACCAGGCUUCUGAGGCCGUGAAGUCUCCCCAGAACGACACUUCGGAAGACAACCUAACGAAGAAAAGAGGAGUCUCCAAAGAAAAGAAAAAAGCCGCCCCCAAAAGGAAGAACUCCAAAAAAGCAAGUGGCGACUUGCUGUCGUCUUCUGACGAAGAGUCCUACGAGGAGAAAAAGACCAAAAAGAGAGGGGCGGCCGCUAAGCGAAACAGGAAAAGCGGUCAGGACAAGAAGCAGAAGACUGCGGGGAAGAAGACGAAGACAGAGGCCGCCAGCAGCACCACGACUUCGUCAUCGUCCAACGAUGCCGAAGAAGACGCCAAUUCCAGCGGUGCAGAGAGCAGCGACAAGCAGAAAAUCAAGCCCUUGACGGAAAGCCUGUUGCCGCCGACCAAGCUGGGAUUCUGUCAAUCUUCAGGUGAUGAAGGCGAAACCAAGCCGGCCGCUGUGCCGAUGGAGGCGGAGGAAGAUGACGACGAUGACGACGAUCCCGAGAAUAGAAUUGCCAAGAAAAUGCUUUUAGAAGAGAUCAAAGCCAAUCUUUCCUCAGACGACGAGGCCUCUUCUGACGAAGACUCCGAUGGUGGGAAGGAGAAGAAGAAGAAAGGACGGAAAUCCACAGCGACCGAGGAACAGGAAGAGAAUGAUGAUGAUGAGGAUGAUGAUGACCUUGACUCGGAUUCGGAGGUUGAAGAAGCCAAGAAGCCGAGGUACAGGCACCGCUUGCUGAGGCACAAGCUGACCAUGAGCGACGGAGACUCCGAGGAAGAAGAUCCAAAGGGGGGCAAGUCUAAAGAGGCCAAAGAUGGAAAGCGAAGAAAUCGGAGGAAAGUGAGCAGCGAGGAGUCUGAUAAUUCAGAAGGGAGCGAAUCUGGGGUCAGUGAAGAAGUCACUGAUUCGGAGGACGAUCAGCGCCCGCGAACCAGGUACCGGAGGCACAAUUCCUCUCUCUCUCGCUCGGACCCUCUCGAGCGGGUCCCUAAAGCGUGCCUCCAUCGCCGCCAGAAAACGUCUCGUGGACCCCAAACAUGGGUCAUGCCUGGCAUGGAGUUGGACAUACCAUUCCGCUGCUCCUCUCCUCAGUGCUGCACCCACUGCUCGCACCCUGCUUGCCUCCGAUCUGAAGGUGGCUGCGUUAUCCUCCAGAGUAAUUCAGGCGAUGACGACAACGAUGAUUCCAAAUCUCCAGGGAAAGGCAGGAAGAAGAUACGGAAGAUCAUCAAGGACGAUAAGCUCCGAACGGAGACGCAGAACGCACUGAAAGAAGAGGAGGAGAGGAGGAGGCGGAUCGCGGAAAGGGAGCGCGAGAGAGAGAAGCUCAGAGAGGUGAUUGAAAUAUUGGACGCACCCGUUAAAUGCCCCAUAACGACAAAGCUGGUUUUGGACGAAGACGAGGAAACCAAGGAGCCCAUCGUUCAGAUGCACAAAGACAUCGUGACGAAACUGAAGCCCCAUCAAGUGGACGGUGUUCAAUUUAUGUGGGAUUGCUGUUGUGAAUCUGUGAAAAAAACACGGAAGUCUGCCGGCUCCGGCUGCAUCCUUGCCCACUGCAUGGGCCUGGGGAAGACCCUGCAGGUAGUCAGUUUCCUCCAUACCAUCCUGUUGUGUGACAAACUGGAUUUCAGUACCGCUCUUGUGGUUUGUCCCCUGAACACAGCCCUGAACUGGCUGAACGAAUUUGAGAAAUGGCAGGAAGGCCUGGACGACAGCGAGAAGCUGGAGGUGAAUGAGCUGGCCACGGUCAAGCGGCCUCAGGAGCGAGGCUACAUGCUGCAGCGGUGGCAGGAAGAGGGCGGCGUCAUGAUCAUCGGCUACGAAAUGUACCGGAACCUGGCCCAAGGGAGGAACGUCAAGAGCAAGAAGCUGAAGGAGAUCUUCAACAAAUCCUUGGUUGAUCCAGGCCCUGAUUUUGUGAUCUGUGACGAAGGACACGUGUUGAAAAACGAGGCUUCUGCUGUGUCCAAAGCGAUGAAUUCCAUCCGAUCGAGGAGGAGGAUCAUCCUCACCGGGACGCCGCUGCAGAACAACCUCAUCGAAUAUCACUGCAUGGUCAACUUCAUCAAGGAGAAUUUGCUGGGCUCUGUCAAGGAGUUCCGAAACCGAUUUAUCAACCCGAUCCAGAACGGUCAGUGCGCCGAUUCCACUCUGGCCGAUGUCCGGGUGAUGAAGAAGCGCGCACAUAUCCUCUAUGAAAUGCUGGCUGGCUGUGUUCAGAGGAAGGAUUAUACUGCACUAACCAAGUUCCUGCCCCCCAAAUAUGAGUAUGUUCUCGCUGUUAGGAUGACUCCUAUCCAGUGUAAACUGUAUCGGUACUACUUGGAUCAUUUAACAGGUGUCAGCAGCGAAGGUGGAAGGGGCAAAGCAGGAGCCAAGCUCUUCCAGGACUUCCAGAUGUUGAGUCGGAUCUGGACCCAUCCCUGGUGCUUGCAGCUGGACUAUAUCAGCAAAGAGAACAAGGGCUACUUUGAUGAAGACAGUCUCGAUGAAUUCAUAACAUCCGAUUCCGAGGAGUCCUCUGUGAGCUUAAGCUCAGAUGAAUGUGCUAAGAAGAAAAAAAACAAAGGCAAAAAGUCGAAGAAAGACAGUAGCUCCAGCGAAAGUGGCAGCGAUAACGACGUGGAAGUGAUUAAGGUCUGGAACUCGAGGUCUCGCGGAGGCGGGGAAGGGAACGCGGAAGAGCCCCCAAAGAAUCCUCCGGCCGCUGCCAAGGCAGAGGAAGGCAAAGCCACUCCGUCUUCCAACCCAGGAAGCCCCGCGCCGGAUUGGUACAAGGAUUUUGUGACGGAGGCGGAUGCGGAGGUGCUGGAGCAUUCUGGGAAGAUGGUGCUGCUCUUUGAAAUCCUCCGCAUGGCAGAGGAGCUUGGGGACAAAGUUUUAGUCUUCAGCCAGUCCCUCAUUUCCUUGGACCUGAUAGAGGACUUCCUGGAGCUCGCCAAUCAGGACAAAGAAGAAGGCAAACCUGUAAUAUAUAAAGGGGAAGGGAAGUGGUUCAGGAACAUCGAUUACUACCGUUUGGACGGCUCCACGACGGCUCAGUCCAGAAAGAAGUGGGCCGAGGAGUUCAACGACGUGACGAACGUCAGAGGCCGCUUGUUUAUUAUCUCCACGAAAGCAGGCUCCCUUGGGAUAAACCUGGUGGCUGCCAACAGAGUCAUCAUUUUCGAUGCUUCCUGGAAUCCCUCCUACGACAUCCAGAGCAUAUUCCGGGUUUAUCGCUUCGGGCAGAACAAACCCGUGUUUGUGUACCGCUUCUUGGCUCAGGGAACGAUGGAGGACAAGAUCUACGACCGGCAGGUGACCAAGCAGUCGCUCUCUUUCCGGGUGGUAGACCAGCAGCAGGUGGAGCGGCACUUCACCAUGAACGAACUCACCGAGCUCUACGCCUUUGAGCCGGACUUGCUGGAUGACCCCAACUCCGAGGAGAAGAAGAAGAAGAGGGACACGCCGAUGCUGCCCAAAGACACGAUUCUGGCGGAGCUGCUCCAGAUCCACAAGGAACACAUCGUGGGCUACCAUGAACACGACUCACUCCUGGACCACAAGGAGGAGGAGGAGCUGACCGAAGAGGAGCGGAAGGCCGCCUGGGCCGAGUAUGAAGCCGAAAAGAAGGGUCUGACGAUGCGCUUCAACGUGCCGCCCGGGGCAAAUGCCUUCCACGGCAACUUCAACAACCAGGCGUCGUACAUCCCCUUCAACCUGGCCGCCUUGUCCGCCAUGAGCAACCAGCAGCUGGAGGAUCUCAUCAAUCAAGGCCGGGAGAAAGUCGUGGAGGCCACAAACAACGUGACUGGAGCCAGAAUCCAGCCCCUUGAAGACAUCAUUUCCAGUAUAUGGAAGAAGAACUUGACCCUGUCGGAAGCCCAGGUCCAGGCUUUGGCCCUCGGCCGUCAAGCCAGCCAGGAGCUGGACGUCAAGCGCCGGGAGGCCAUCUACAACGAUGUCUUGACCAAGCAGCAAAUGCUCAUCGGCUGCGUCCAGCGGAUCCUGAUGAACCGCCGCCUCCAGCAGCAGUACAGCCAGCAGCAGCAGCAGCUCUCCUUCCAGCAGGUUGCCCAGCAGGCCGCCAUGAGCCACCUGAUGAUGCAGAAGCCCCCGGGACUGAUGAUGAACCCUUCCAACUUCCAGCAGAUCGACAUGCGGGGGAUGUACCACGCGGCGGCCGCGGGCGGCAUGCACCCGCCCCCGUUGCUCCAGGGCACCCCUUCGCUGGACGGCAAGAACCCCGGGACCUCCCAAGGGAAGUGAGCGGGCGGGCGGGCGGGCGCCCUUUUGCACUAGAGGAGCUCUGAAUCAGAAAACGGGGGUGGGCGGGCGGGCACGGGAGAGAGAAAUGACCUUUUUAUUUUUUUAGGAAUCAAUGGCUUCACAGAAACUCAACUGUAUAAACCGUAGGGUUGAUUUCAUCCCCUCCUCCCCCUGGCUCUAUUCUAUUGUUGAUGAUUGUUUGGGUAAGAUGUCCUGUCCCCCUUCCCGCCCUCUUCCCGCCCGGUCUCCGCCCCCAGCCCUUUGUCAGCGCCGUUGCCUCGAAUCUUCUUACAUGUGUUGCGUACAGGAGAUCAUCCAGUUGUUUUCAGUGAAAACAGGUCCUCCUAUUAUAACCUUCGGGGCUGCGCAGGCUUCCUCUUAAGCAAAUACUUACCACGCCUGCUGUGAAUAGCCAUAAAAAAAAGAAGAAACACACCAAACGGGAAAACGCGCUUCGAGAAGUUACACAGGUCUGUCUAUUUCAAGUCACUUCGCCUCGAAUGUGACACAGCCGAGUUCUUGGUUAGAGUUGAUUCCUCAAAUUGUGGGGCUUCUUUCACGAAAAUGCGAAGUGAGUCGGGGCCGGGCUGACGCGACGGAACCAAAUAAAACCCGUCGGAACCGGGAAGAGACCUUGGACUUCGAACGGAGUGCAAUAUUCGUUCCUGCUACCACUCUGCGACCCCGAGGGCCGUGCCUGCAGCCUUAAAAGUCUCCGCCGAAGAAGACGCCAUUCCCUCUGGCCGUUUCCCGUGUUUAAUCUUAGCGACGGGACCGACCCCGAGUCACCAUCCCGCUCCGUGUGGACUUCCUCUCUCCUGGUGCUAUAGCGUCUCUUCCUCUUCCCGGCGGGUGAUCCCUGGCCCCUUUGGACUUGGAACCGCGGUAAUCGUUCGGAUGGGAAAUGUGAGACAGCGGAGUCGUAAAGAGCGCGCAUUCGCCUCAGCCGCCAUUGCAAAAGGGUCGCUCUUUUGACAGUAUCCUGAUUUUUUCCCCCCGUUUGUUUAUUUUUAAGGACAGCUCAGUUUUCUCUUUCCGAUCCAGCCCUUAAGUAAUUAAACUCCCAAAGUAAUUGUUAAAAGUGGGAUAGUCGCCUAUUUCUUGCGGCGAGUUGGCCAUUUUGAUGUCAUGUCUCCGGAACAGACGCUUUGUAUUUUUUGGUUGGUUUUUUUUUUCUGAAUGUGGGCAGAAAAGGAAAACGACAGGUGCCUUUGAGGUCUUGAAGUUAGGAGAAGAAUUUGGGGGAUCCCGAAAAACCAAAGCCGGACGGAGGGCAAAACAUGAGUGAUUCCCAAAGAGGAACGGACGGGGUUUUUCCUUCUCCUUCUAACGAAUGUCGGCAUCCAGACAAUGAUAAUGUUGGGAAGCAGUUCAUUAUUUUGAAACUCGUCGGUUCAGGAUGGAGAGGAGCGUAGUGUGACAUUUAAUCAUGAGUUAUUCCUUUUUUCUUUUUGAUGUUUUCUGUGACGCAACAAGCUCUGUUUCUUUAUUUUGGGGCGAAGCAAGGGACGGACUCCCGACUGGGUUGUGUUCGCUGCAGAAAAGGACACGUGAAAGGGAGUCUUCCUGAGACCAAGGCCUGGAGCUCCCAGGACAUUCCUACGUUUUCCAAACAGAGCUGGGAUUUCGAGUGGCAUUUCCCCGACUCCAGAGACUUUUAAAAGUGUGGAAGUUUUAGGCAACAUUUUCAAAGACGUAUAUAUUUCUUUUCUUCUCACUGAGAGCAUCCGGUGACGCCUCGGAGCACGAGAAGCAUUGGAGUAAUAAACCUUGGACCAUUUUGCAUACACGUCUCUCUCGCUGUAACCUUAUCGCUGCAUAACCGCGUGCUUUUUGAGUAUAACAUGGAGCUUUAACCGGCAUUUAAAGACAGAAGAGCGGCAGCAUACCCGUAACAUAACCCACAAACUCAUUUUUUAUAUUUGUUUUAGAUGUUUUACCUAGUUGAAACGGCUUAUAUAAGACGACGAAAUGAGAAAAAAAAACAAAAAAGAUGUUGCUUGUUAUACAGUUUUUUGCCUGCGAAAUUCUCCACCUUUUUGUAACCUGUUUCUUUCUUUGGAUGUAAAGCGUUUUGGGCUUAGUAUUGUGAUACUGUACAUGUUUUUUGUCCCAGUUGUAUAGUACCGUUUCAGUCCCCGUCCCUUCCCGGAACCAGCUUUGGCUGCCCGAAACCAUACAGCUGUGAAGACUUGGCCUCUUGUUUCUGUUUAGGCGGCUUCUUCUUCUCAUUCUUUUCCCCUUCAUCUAUGUAUUAAAUAUCAUUAAAAAGUACUGUAGAGAAAGGUGUCACUGCUUCCUCUGAGGCUGUUUUGUAAAAUAUAUAUUAAGGACUGGAAACGUGUUUUUAAAAAAGAGGACGCAUUCAAGUAUGACGAUUCGCUAUCUGUGUUUUCACCCUUCAAAGUGCUGUUUGGUAGUUGGAACUUUAAAAAUACUAUUUAAUAUCUCAUUUAAUAAAGUGACCAAAAUGCAGAAA